CCCUCUUCACUGAUUGAGUUAAUUCCCUUCACCACCCUCCACAGCUUGCUGGGUUUCCUUCGUGUCGACUGCCCAGAGUCCACGAGUGCAGCCCCGCAGCCGCCCUAAAACAGACCCGAGCUGCCGCGGAGCUGCCCCAGAGCUGCCCCGAACCCCACACCAGCCUCCAAAGAAUUUCUGCUGCUGUGUUUAAGUGGAGCAUUCCUCAGCCUGGAACAUUCCAGACUCACGCUGUUGAGACAUGUCCCUGUACAGCUUCGGCUUGGAGCCCCUGUCCUGCCACGCCUGGAACAAAGAUAAGACUCAAAUUGCCAUUAGCCCCAACAACAAUGAGGUGCACGUCUACCAGCAGAACGGGAAAGAGUGGAACAAGAUCCACGAGCUGACGGAGCACAGUGGGCGGAUCACAGGCAUCGACUGGGCCCCGGAGUCCAACCGCAUCGUGACGUGCGCCUCGGACCGGAACGCCUACGUGUGGACGCUGAAAGACGCGGUCUGGAAGCCCACGCUGGUUCUGGUCCGCAUCAACCGGGCCGCCACCUGCGUCAAGUGGUCCCCCCUGGAGAACAAGUUCGCCCUGGGCAGCGGGGCCCGGCUCAUCUCCGUGUGCUACUUUGAGAAGGAGAACGACUGGUGGCUCAGCAAGCACAUCAAGAAGGCCAUCCGCUCCACGGUUCUGAGUCUGGACUGGCAUCCCAAUAACGUCCUGCUGGCUGCAGGCUCAGCAGACCUCCACUGCAGGGUUUUCUCGGGGUACAUUAAGGACAUCGAGGACAAGCCAGGCCCGACCCCCUGGGGGGCCAAGAUGCCGUUUGGAGAGCUCCUGCUGGAGCACAGGGACUGCGGGGGCUGGGUGCACGGGGUCAGCUUCUCCCCCUCCGGGGACAGCCUGGCCUGGGUCAGCCACAGCAGCACCAUCGGCGUGGUGGACGCGGCACAGGGCAAAGAGGUCACACAGCUGACCGUGGAGCACCUUCCCCUGAUGACCGUCCUGCACGUCAGCGAGACCGAGAUCGCGGCUGCGGGCCAUGACUGCUGCCCAUAUCAGUACUCCUACAAGGGCCCAGGGAGCCUGGAGUUUGUGAAGAAGCUGGACAUCCCCAAGCAGAGCUCAAAGAGCCUGGUGUCAGCCAUGCAGCUCUUCCGUAACCUGGACAAGAAGGCCACCUCUGAGGAGGACAACAGCGAGCUCGACACGCUGCACCAGAACAGCAUCAUCCAGCUGUGCAUCGUGGAGGGGGACAGGGGGAAGGUGGAGAAGUUCAGCAGUGUGGGGCUGGACGGAGCCGUGGUGAUCUGGGACGUCAAGCCGUGAGGCCAGACCGGGAGACCAGUUUACUCUGUUCCAGCCGCGGCUUUCAAUCCUUUAUCCUGCGAAUCUCCGAAUGAUCCACAUUCACAAUAAAGGCCACUUGUUAAAAACUGCA